AAGAGUCCUUUUCGGGGACAAAUUUCCCACUAAACCCCUUGCCAAUCCUCCAACCCAUCUGCCGCCUUAAUCAUCAAUCCUCAAUACAUACUCUGCACACCACACCACACCACACGACUCUUCAUCUCUGUCGCUGACUGGACCGGACGAUCACUCCACUAUCUCUGCGAGUUUUCGUAAUCGAUGGAGCAGAAGCAUACUUGUGCUUCCAUAUGUGAUCAAUUACCCACUCUAUCUUCAAACCAUCCUUGGUUGGUUGAUCAUAACCUUGAAGAAGACGACAACAGAGACCAUAUCGUCUACACCAUGCGUGACCCGCCCACUCAACGCAGGUGUCGAAUUCCUUCGCCACUCGGGAGACGUAUCCGGGGGUGUUUCUAUGGUUGGGUGAUUCUCUCCAACCAUCCACACAAUGACAUGUGGUCCCUUUGGAACCCCGAGACUUCUAAGAUCAUAUGCCUUCCCCGCUUGAUUACGGAAUAUGCAGUUUUAUGUUCAGAUACAUAUGGAGUUUUUGCUUCAGGUACCAUCCAACAAUGUUGUUUGUCCUCCCCUCCCGAUGAUCCAGGUUCAAUUUUCAUGGUAACCGCAGCAGAAUACACCCUUUUUUUCUGUCGGCUAGACUGUAAAAGAAAGAGGUUAAAAUGGGUCGAAAUGUCAUACGCUCAACAGAUGAGGAGCAUAGCAGGUUGUGAUAGUAUCUUAUACUGCCUAACUUGUUGCAAUGGUAAUGUAUAUGCCUUGAAUAACGUGCCUGGUAAUCGUGUUGUGAUACACCUUGAUAUUGUGGUCAAGGAUAAAGGAAUUGUGAUAAGCCUAUUGCCGUGCUUGAAACUCCCGGCUUUUUACGAGUAUCGUUACAUGUAUGAUUGUCCGAACUCCGUUGUUUUUCUGAAAGGAUGCUGUACAGAAUUGUUCUGCAUUAAAUUAGGUCUUAAUAAGAGGGGACAUGUGGAGAAGCAAUCAUUUGGUGGCGUGUGUGUGUUUAAACUGGACAUGACUAAUAAAAGAUGGGAACAAGUGGAAGAUCUCAAUGACGCCACAUUCUUUUUGGAUCUUGCUCAUGAUUGCUCCGCGUUUUACAGCCCUACAAUUGCCUCAGAGUUGGGGGGUUAUGUACACUUUCUUGACAAAUCCGCCAAAGUAACAUACUCAUUCGACUUCAAGAAUAAAACCAUAGCCUUAUCUUCUAUGCCUUCUCUUGUCCUGCCAACAAAAUUGUUCGGCUGCAGGCAACAAGGUGAACCUGGAGAAAUCAAGUCUCAACAAGAAAAUGAGGUGGUGGUGAGGGAUGAUGAGGUUGACAGUAAUAACAUGAGCCUUGCAACACGUGAAGAGAAUAUCGGGUCACGCCUUCUCAACAUUCCAUUGGAUGUUUUGAAGACGAUUAUGGGGUUUUGUGUUGGCAUCGAAUAUCUCAACUUCCGUGCUACAUGCAAGCUGUGUCACUUAGCAGCACCUAUGAUCCGAUGGAGUAAGGGAGGGAGAUUGCAGAACUAUUCAUUAGCUUCACCAUGGCUGAUGAUGUUGGACAAAGAUCGAGGCGUUAUCUCUUUUACCGAUCCGAAGUUUGGUGACAAGUACUUUAUAAAGACACCUCAAGAAUUAAUUGGCAAUGUGCAAAUACACUGUUCCAUGGGUGGUUGGCUGCUGAUACGUAGACACGAUGGACCCCUUAUGUUCUUUAACCCCUUCACAAGUGAUACCCGUGAGCUUCCAUUCGCGCCUUAUUUCGACACCUAUUGUUUCUCGGCGCCUCCUACUGCAUCCGAUUGCAUGGUUGUUGGAUUUACAACACGUACCGAAUGGCAUGUUUAUGUCCACUUUGUAGCUCGGGAACUAUCUUGGCGUAGAUUCCAUCUAAAGUAUUGUUGCGACUCACACACCUUGCAUUUUGCAACACGCUAUGGUAAAAAUCUUUAUGCGUUGUAUAACAAUGGAGGAGUUGGUUUCAUAGAUACUGGCAACCUAGUUUACACUGGAGUACGUGGUCUCACAAUUGCUGGCAACCUAGAUUACGUCUGGCGGGAAGGCCCGAGAAGUAGUUGUGUAUCUCCUAAACAAAGUUUCCUAACGAAAUGUGAUCAACAACUUUUACUAGUCAUUGUGGGCGAGUUUGGAGAGUGCGUUGAGGUAUUCAAGCUGAAUGAUUCAACAAAAUGGGAGAAAACAGAGAGUCUAGGACGGCACGCGAUUUAUAUUUGUGGUAAAGCAUGCCUUUGUGUCGAAGCCAAAAUGCCUGAAAUGGCAAACAAGAUUUACUUUCCGCGCAUCCAUUCGGAGAACAGGAAGAUAGUGUUCUAUUCUCUCACAACAAGACGGUAUCACACGUUCAAUGGACAAGAUAUCGAAGAAAGUUUUGGGGACUUCAUGGGAACAAAACAUUAUAUCGAUCCUCACGUGUGGAUUGAACCAAGUUGGUCUUAGAUGGCUUUGCACCAAUGACCUGGUACAUGCAUCUUUUUAAUUAUUUAGUCGUCUAUUUGCAACUUUCUUAAAUUAAUAAACAAUGUUUUAUCUCAUUCCGGUUCUUGUAUUUAGAUUUUGUGUCGUACUGUCAUUAGUGGUAUGUUUUUUUCAUUUUUAUUUUAUUUUAUGUUGGUCUUGAAA